GCCUGUGCAUUGAUUAUGGUGGCUUGUUAGAGCUGUUUUCCUGAAACAAAAAGAUUAUUUUAGUAAAAUGAAACUUAUAUCCAAGCUAUAUUUGGUAGAACCUGUAGAGCUAAGCAGGAGUUUAGAGCUCCCACUGUCGGUAACCUGUUUUUCUAUAUACUUUGUAGUUUUUCACCUCGUCUGUGCAUUUUUCGGUAUUUCAGAUUAUUGGAAGCUAUUUCGCAAAUACAAGCUUCAUGAUUCUGAUGAGAUGACAUACCUACAAUUAUUGCCUAGAGUAUUGUUUAACCAGCUUGUGUUCUUCUUACCUAGUUGCAUCUUCGCUGAGAAACUCGGAUGGGCUUUUCGUACUCCCUCACAAGAAACUACCUUUCCACUUUGGAAGCUGCCUAUCUUUUUGAGUCUUUUUUCGGUUUAUGAAGAAAUCAUAUUUUAUAGUGCUCAUAGAUGGUUGUUACAUUCGAAAUGGGGAUUUACUCUGUUAGGACACAACGUUCAUCAUAGAACCAAGGGUUCUGUUGGAAUCUCUCAACAUUAUAUGAGUAUGAUUGACUAUUUCUUGGAAAUUGUGGUUGCCAUUUUGGUUCCAUUGGCUAUGAUCCGCGCCAAUGCAUAUUUCGACUUGUUAAUCAUAGUUGAAAAUGCCAUCCUUGGUCCUUAUGAUCACAGUGGAUAUGAUUUCUUUCUUGGCUCAUUGAAAAGAUAUUCACCAGUGAAUCAUUCUAUGCAUCAUCUUCGUUCCAGUUGCAGCUUUGGAGAUAGCGUUGGAUCCAUGGCUAUACUUGAUAGUCUCUUCAAGACUAGCUUUUUUCACUUUGGAUAUCAAUCUUUUCCAAAAGUGAAGAACGACAACAAGAAUGAAAAAGAAACAAAAGUGACUUGAUGUCUGUUUUCAAUUGUACCUUUCUUCAUCCGAAGGCUGAAUAGCUAGAAUAUCAACAUUUAGAUGAUAAAAAGUUUGUGUUCUUGUUGAUCAUCAUUUGAAAUUUAUUUGUUAAUGUAAGUUUUGAAUCG